UUCAGGUACGCUUUUCGCGCUAUACAUGUCCUACGUACGUAUUGCAAAAGGUCCGAGGAUCAGCAGUCCACUUUGUUCAUUUUAUUUGUUUAAUUUUAUCGGCUUUCAUUGUUGAUUGUUUCAUACCAAGGCUUGGUAAAUGGAGGACGAAGAUUUAUUUAGGCAGCCUCACGAAGGACUGCUGAACAAGUUCACCAAUGUUGUCAAGGGGUGGCAGUACAGAUGGUUUGUUCUUGACCCCAGCAGAGGAGUUCUUGAAUACUUCCUGAAUGAGGAAGGCAAGAAGCAAAAACCAAGAGGAGCGAUUCACCUGUCUGGAGCUGUUGUAUCACCUAGUGAUGAAGAUUCUCAGACCUUCAUGGUGAAUGCUGCUAAUGGGGAAGUAUACAGACUUCGUGCUCAAGAUGCCAAAGAGAGGCAGCUGUGGGUCAGCCGUCUGAGGUCUAUUGUCCAGAGACAAAGGGAUAUGCUGAUGGAUUUCAGGGACCCUUCCCUGACAGCAUCUUCCGAAUCCCUCCACAACCGCACAUCGUCAAAAUGGAGUCUCCACAGGAACUCGCCACGCAGCUCAGUUUCCUCACAUGCCGGUGGCGGCGGUGGGAUGUCGAAGCAAACCAGGACAUCGGCCACACUGACCGCAACGCAAGAGUCCUUGAGGAAUGCCAAAGACAUCCUGAUAGUAGCCGAAGAACAACAGAAGAGCAUGGUCAAGGGAUUGGAGUCAUUACCAACCACAGGACCAGGUAUUAACAGCUUAGACCAUGAUUGUUUAUUAUUGAAAGCAACUUCCCAAGCCACUAUGGAAUGCUUAGAAGACUGUCUCACGAUGCUGCAACGCCAAGAGUUGACCCAAGGUCAAAGGUCGGCCGAGGAGCUUGAACUCUCACAGAGCAUGGCCAACAUCAGGGCCCCCGGGUCUCGUCACAAGGCAAAACAAAUCAGUGUUGACAUCAGGACACACCUCCCGGAAACCAGACCCCCUGCGGAUCACCAAGCCAUCCAAUCAGCAAGCAGCAGAGCAAUGACAUCACCGCAGAGGGGCGGACCCGGAGGCAUAGCCGGACCCAAUACCAACACAUCUCAUAAUGUACCAACCCCAUUAAGCCACGAUGAUGAGGUCGCUGAUGCGGAUGAUGAUGCCGAUAAGGACCUCGGUGGAGUCGAAGAACAUAAGAGCAUCAUCCUUCAUCUACUCUCUCAACUCAAACUAGGAAUGGAUCUCACAAAGGUUGUUUUACCAACUUUUAUUCUUGAGAGACGGUCGUUGCUUGAGAUGUUUGCUGACUUCAUGGCCCUUCCACACAUGUUUGCAAGAAUACCGACAUUACCGACAGCUGAAGCCAGGAUGCUUGCUGUAGUAGAGUACUAUCUAUCUUCAUUUCAUGUUGGACGAAAGGGUUCUCUUGCCAAAAAGCCGUACAAUCCCAUCCUAGGAGAGACAUUCCACUGUUCGUGGGUGGUGCCUUCCUCUCCUUCCACCGGCCAAUCACAGGACUCUAUUUUAAAUGGUGACCAAUCAGGACGAGGGGCGUCAUCAGAUCGGCAGGGAUCUGACAGGGUGACGUUUGUUGCCGAGCAGGUAUCCCAUCAUCCUCCUGUCUCAGCAUUCUAUGCGGAGUGUGCAGCCAAGCGGAUUUGUAUGAACGCAUCAGUCUGGACGAAAUCAAAGUUCCUUGGCAUGUCCAUAGGUGUUAAUAUGAUUGGCGAAUGUGCUGUACACGUAUUGGAGCAUGGGGAGACGUACACUCUCACGUUUCCUAACGCAUACGGAAGGUCUAUACUUACGAUACCGUGGAUGGAGUUAGGGGGAAAGGUUCUGAUACAAUGCGCAAAGUCAAAUUAUUCAGCUUCAGUCGUCUUCCACACUAAGCCCUUUUGGGGCAAAGUUCAUAGGUUAACAGCAGAGGUCAAGAAUCCAGCCAAUCAGACGAUCUGUAAGGUCAAUGGGGAAUGGAAUGGAACUUUGGAGUUCAACUACUCUUCUGGGGAGCAUAAAAUCAUCGAUACGAGCAAGCAGUCUGGUUGUCCGAAGAGAGUCAGGCCGAUCGGUAUGCAAGGAGAGUACGAGUCAAGGAGAUUAUGGCAGAAUGUGACCGCGAGCUUGAAGGUUGGGGACAUCAACACAGCCACAGAACACAAGAGAUAUCUGGAAGAAAGACAAAGGCAGGAGAAAAAAUUAAGAAUGGAAACCAAUACACCCUGGCGAACCAAGCUGUUCUCCCCCGCUCCUAACAAUGGAUGGGUCUACAACCACAUACUCAAGCACUAGAGACUUCAACAUGCAGGGUUGAUCCAUUCUGCACAGAGGGGAGCAGGAUGAGAAAUCAAUGCUAGAAACUAAAAUUCCCUGAAAAAAGCAAACUGUUUUACCCUGCUCCUAACAAUGGAUGGGUCUACAACCACAUACUCAAGCACUAGAGACUCCUACAUGGAGGGAUGAUCUAUUCUGCAUAGAGGGGGCAAGAUGAGAAAUUAAUGACUGAGACAAAAAUGCCCUGAAAACCAAGCUGUUCUCCCCUGCACCCAACGAUGGAGGAGUCUACAAUCACAUACUAAAGCAUCACGGACCACUGCAUGUAGGGUUGAUCCAUUCUGCAUAGAGGAGUCAGGAUGAUUAAAAUAAUCCUUAGAAAACAACAACCUGUCCUCCCCUACACCAGACAAUAGGUGAAUCUGUGGCCGUAUCCUCAAGCAUUAGAGACCACUGCAAUACAGGGUUGAUCCAUUCACCAUGAUCAAGAGGAGGCAGGA